AUGCUCUUCCGUUCAGUUCGUACUGCGCCUUUGCGCCGCGCCUUCACUCCUCUUGCCCGUCGUACUGUCACCACCGACGCCGCUUCCGCCAAUGUCGAGAGCCCGGUGCCCCAGGAAGAUGACAAGCUGUUCACUGUCCGUCUCUCCGAUGAGAGCUUCGAGACCUACGAGCUCGACCCGCCCCCGUACACUCUCGAGACCUCUAAGAAGGAGCUGAAGCAGAUGUACUACGAUAUGGUUGCGAUCAGACGUAUGGAAAUGGCCGCCGAUCGUUUGUACAAGGAGAAGAAGAUCCGUGGUUUCUGCCAUCUGUCAACCGGACAGGAAGCCGUCGCUGUCGGUAUCGAGCACGCCAUCGACCGCAUGGACAAGAUCAUCACUGCCUACCGUUGUCACGGUUUCGCCAUGAUGCGCGGUGGUACCGUCAAGUCCAUCAUCGGUGAGCUUCUCGGCCGUCGCGAGGGUAUCGCGUACGGCAAGGGUGGUUCCAUGCACAUGUUCGCUCCCAACUUCUACGGUGGAAACGGUAUUGUCGGUGCCCAGGUGCCCGUCGGCGCCGGUCUGGCUUUCGCCCAGCAGUACAACGAGCAGCCCAACACCUCCAUCGUUCUGUACGGUGACGGUGCCUCCAACCAGGGCCAGGUCUUCGAGGCCUUCAACAUGGCCAAGCUGUGGAACUUGCCUGUUCUCUUCGGCUGUGAGAACAACAAGUACGGCAUGGGUACCUCCGCCUCCCGUUCCUCCGCUCUGACCGAGUACUACAAGCGUGGCCAGUACAUCCCCGGACUGAAGGUCAACGGCAUGGACGUCCUCGCCACCAAGGCCGCCGUGCAGUACGGAAAGGAGUACGCCAUCUCCGGCAAGGGCCCCCUCGUCUUCGAGUACGUCACCUACCGCUACGGUGGCCACUCCAUGUCCGACCCCGGUACCACCUACCGCAGUCGCGAGGAGAUCCAGCGCAUGCGCAGCACCAACGACCCCAUCGCCGGCCUCAAGCAGAAGAUGCUCGAGUGGGGCGUUACCACCGAGGAGGAGCUCAAGUCUCUCGACAAGACUGCCCGUGCCAACGUCGACGCCGAGGUCGCCGAGGCCGAGGAGAUGCCGGUUCCUGAUAACACUUCUCGCAUUCUCUUCGAGGAUAUUUACGUCCGUGGUUCGGAGCCUAAGUGGAUGCGUGGUCGUACUGUUGAUGAGACUUUCUACUACUAG